GCCCGCUGGGGGGCGCCGUCUGCGCGCGCCGCCCGGGUGCUGGACGGCUGUUGCCUGCCCAAGUGCAACCUCCGCAUGCAUCGUUGGGGGCGCGGGAAGGCCCCAGCGGCCCGGGAGGACAGAACGUCCAGCAGUUUGCAGAUGGCCAGGACCCGGAAGACCCUGCUAGCCCUUCCUCAGAGAGAAGGGGUCCAGGCAGCCGCUGUGGCACCCACCCUGUUGCCUAACCUGAAGAGCAGCUGCUUCGACCAUGCUCUGCACCAGGGGCUCCUCCACCCCACCCGGCGGCGCUGCAGUCCCACCUCAGCUCCAACUCCCAAAUUGUCAAAGAAGCGCAAAGUGCAUGCAGCCGGGGACAUGUUCCCCACUGAUUGGAGCCCACCACCCAUAGAGUUCCUGAACCUGAGAGUACCACAGGCCAGCAGGGGGGCCCCAGCACAGAGGUGGCUAGGCCCAGGGGGCCCUCAGGGCCUGAGGACAUGGGCUCCCCAGCUGCCUGAGGAGUUAGGCCAGGAGCCCCAGGACUUGGACCCCCAGGGGAGCCUGACCUCACUGGAGGAGCUGUUCGGGAACAUGGCAGGCCCAAGCCAGAAGUCUACAGCUCCAGUGGUGGACACCCACACCUUGUUCACCUCUGGAGCCUCGGAGAGCUAUGCCAAUAGCUUAGAUUACUUACUACAGGAGAAGCGGGAACAGGCCCUGGAGCAGGAGCGAGAGAAGCUGCUUCUGCAUGAUUGUCCUGACCUCUACUCCCUGGAUCUGGCUGAAGAUGAGGCGCCUCUCACACCUGAGCACAGGAUGCUGGUGGAGAGGUUCUCCAUGUCACUACAGGUCAUCCCACCAGUACAUCCCGGUGAAACCGUGUUUCUACCCAGGCGUCAUCCCCUGUAUUGCAUCCUGGACUGUUCACACCUGAAGCCACGUAGCCACCUGGAAGGGCUCUUCCUCAGCUGCCCACUGGCCCAGCAGCUCUCCUUCCUGCGCAGUGGCCUCCUGAGCAACCUCUACCUACACACCCCCGACUGCCCUGUGCCCCUGCUCCAGUGGCUUUUCCAGCUGCUGACAUGGCCUCCAGAAACUUCUUCAGGAGCCUUUGGCCUCCUGUGGGAUCUCAGUGUGAAUGGGCUCUUCCAUCAGUCUGAUGGAGACAAGCACUGGUGGUGCCCCUCCCUGCAAGAGGUCACGGAGGUGUUUCACAGCCUGGGAGCCCAUAGCCCUGCUCUGGGCCUGCGUGAGCCCCGUCAGCACAGUGGGAGGGUGCUUAAAAAUAGCACUAGCUUGAACUGGAGUGAGCAGCAGGACGCCCCCCUGGAGAUUGCCUUGGAUGUCAGCCUGAACUACAUCUACAAGUUCCUAGCUCUGUGUGCCCUAGCCCAGCCAGGGGCCUACACUGAUGGGGACCUCCUGGGCCUGAUUGAGCUGCUGUGCCGAGUUGGCCUGGAUGUGGGGCUUCGCCUGCUGCCCAAGACUGAUCUUCAGCAGCUUCUGCUUCUGCUCCUUGAGAACAUCCAUGAGUGGCCAAGGAAGCUCCAGAAGCUGUGCUGCAGCCUGAGCGAGGUGUCCGAUCACCACCACAACCUGCUGGCGCUCGUGCAGUUCUUCCUGGACGUGACCUCCCGGAGCAGGGGCGGCUUCAGGAAGCAGGCUUGGCAUUUCAUCCAGACCCACAUCCCCAGGGCCCAGACGAGUGCCAAGUGCCAUCUUCCUCAGCUCAGAUUCAAUCCUGAGUUGGAGAGUUCGAUCUCCUGCCUGUGAAUCUGGUUGAAAGAGAGGAGGCCUCUCCACAGUCCUGAAAGGAAAGUUGUUGCUCUAUAUUUGAAAGAACUGGGCUUCUAGAAGCUCUCUCUGAGGCCUGUAGGUGUGAGUACUAGAGCAAUGCCUCAGUGGGUGCCAUUUGCAUUAAGCCCAGACACAUGGGACUUUUUCCCAUAUGAUCUCAGGAGGCUGACCUCUGCCUUAAGCCUCCCUGCUCAACCCCAAACAGCUAGUGCACUGCAUUGCACAAGUCAGAAAUUGUAGUCCUGGAAGUCUCUCUCAUCCCCAGCUCGUUACCCCUGUUCGUCACUAAAUCCUGUCCAUUCUGCCCUCCAAAUCCCAAACCCUUGUUUGUGGUUGCCUGUCCGUGUCAGCUCCAUGAGAACAGGUAUGUGUCUGGGUCACAGCCACCUCCGUCCCACCUGCUCCUGUUUUCCUAUCACAUCUGUCACCGGGAUGGUGGUAGUGGCAUUUUCUGUGUUCAUCUCUCAAAGUCCUCUCUGUGGAUACAUGGGAUUAUUGUGUCUCUCCCUCACCUUGCUCCCCUGUUUGCACAGUGGAGUCCAAAUGCCUCCAGGGCCCCAUGUUGUCCAGCCCCAAUUUCCCAAUUUCCCAUUUGCUCCUAGCAGGCCAUAUUAUUUGUACUUGUUUUUCUCACUUUCAUAUAUAUAUAUAUAUAUAUAUAUAUAUAUAUAUAUAUAUACACACACACAUAUGUGUGUGUUUACAUACAUAUACGUGUGUGUGUGAUGAACCUCAUUCUUUUUAAUAGCCAUGUAGUAUUUCAUGGUACGCACACAACCAGUCCUCCAUUCUGGAUAUUUAUCCAGGGUACAAGCUUUGUACAUCUGUGCAGAUAUUUCUAUACAAUGAACUCUUUGAGGUGAAAUUGCAGUCCUAAAGUAUAUACAUUUAAAAUUUGGCCUCCAAAAAAAGCUGUAUCAAUUGAGAAUACCACCAACGGACAUGAAAAUGCAUGUUUCUACACUGUGUAUUCUCAGUUUUGUGUGUUUUAGUCAAUCUGGUGAGUGAAAAAUGUCAUACUCUGAUUCUAAUUUUUAUUUCUCUGAUUGCCAGUGGUCUUUUGUGUUUCUUUUAUUGUAAGUUAUAUCUUGAUGCUUCUUGCCCAUUUUUCUAUGAGGUAAUCAAUCUUCUUAUUAACAUUGAUGAUUGUUUGUUAUAUAUGCUUCAGAACUGUAUUUUCUCCUAAGGCUGUACAUUGUCCUUUUUAAACCUUUGUGCAUGAUAUUUUUCAGUGACCUGAAGUUUGUGGAGUUUUUUUUUUAAUUUUAUUUUAGAAUACAUUUAGAUUUACAGAAAAGUUAUGUGGAUAAUAUAAAGGGUUGAUUCUAAUUAAAUCUUUCUUUCUUUCUUGAAAAGAAAGGCCUUCCCCACCCCAGGAUCACAAAAAUAUUAUGUUAUAUUUCUCCCAAUACUUACAUUAACUUUGUUACUAUUGGUUUUUAAUCCCGUCUGGAAUCUAUUUUUCGGAGGUAUGAGACAGGGCUCUAACUUGAUUUUUUCCACCCCUGAAGAGCCAGUGAGGCCAACGCCAACUUUUCUUUAUGUCUUCAUGAUCCACCUUUCGCAGCAGACUGGAGACUUCCUUCGUCAUCUCCUAAAUUUAUGAUGUCAUUUACCUAUUAGUUGAAUCAAACAGAUUUCAGGAAUCCGUGUCUUUUACAGGGUGUUGUUGUAGCUCCAGGGCCUUUGCUCAGUGUUCCUUAAAUGUCAGGAGUUAAUACAAUGGAACAACCUCACCUCCCUCUCAAACAGACACAUCAACUAGGGUGAUAAUUCCUAAAGAGGGUUCAUCAGCAGGAUGGGUGUCAUCUGUUUAAUUAGAAAUUUUAUCUUAUUUUCCUAAAUAGAUAAAGCUUUCAAACCGAAUAAAAUUCAAAAGGCACUGUAGAGCACAUGUUUAAAAUGUGCCCCUACCAGCCACCCA